AUGUCCGACGACGAGGCCGACCCCGAACUCCUGGCCCUGCUUCGCCAGCACUUCCAGAAGAAGCUCAAUGUCGACGAUGAGCCCGAGACGGGCGUUCUUGAGGGCGCCGAGUUCGUCUACGACAACUCAAUCGAUGUCGCCAUAGACAUGAGGGCCACCAAGAGAGCAGCCGCGACCAUCUACGCCCAGAUGGAGCAGAAGCAGUACUCGACCGCCACUUGGACUGAGCAUGAGCUUCACCCCAAGACCAAAGACGACAGCACCGCCGCCUUCAUCUUCACCAUGGACCUGCUCAACUUCUGCUUCUGGUCGGAAAAGCCCGAAGACGAGAGGUUUGCCGUCGAGUAUCGCGGCAAGACCUGGACCGGCUACUGGAGCAUGGUCGCCUCGCUGCAGCGGGCUCUCGAGGAGGGCAUCCCCAUCACCAGCUCCGAUUUCUGGCAGAGCGAAGACGAGUGCAACAUGGAACUCAUGAGACACGUCUUCCGAUCCAAGACGGAGGAGCAAAUGCCCCUUCUCGAGGAGCGCCUUAAGUGCCUGCGAGAGGCGGGUACUGUGCUGUACGAGAAGUACAACUGCAGCGUCACAAAACUCAUCGAGGCCGCCAACGGUUCUGCCGCAAGACUCGUCAACUUGCUCGCCCGGGAUUUUGACUGCUUCCGUGAUGAGCACGUCUUCGAGGGACGCCGGAAGCCGGUGCGUUUCCUAAAGAGAGCCCAGAUCCUAGUGGCGGAUAUCUGGGCGUGCUUCAAUGGUGAGGGCAUUGGCGCCUUCCAGGACAUUGACAAGAUUACGAUGUUUGCCGAUUACCGUGUCCCUCAGAUCCUGAAUACGAUGGGCUGCUUGUACUAUAGCCCCUCGCUGGCGACGGCUAUCAACUCCAAGCGGGUGCUCGAGAGCGGGUCGAGGUGGGAGUUGCAGAUGAGAGCAUGCAGUAUUUGGUGUGUUGAACUGAUCAAGCGGGAGAUUCAGAAGGAGCACCCCGGGACGACUGUUAACGCUAUUUUGAUUGAUUUCUUUUUGUAUGAUACCAUGAAGGAGUUGGAGGCUGCUGGUAGUGAGACGAUGCAGCAUCACAGGACGAGGAGCAUCUGGUACUGA